ACGCCAUACAGGCUAUAAGAACUCCGUAACUUUCUCAAGUAUCAGAAAACAUUUCUUGUCUCGGGAUUCCAUGUAUGGAUACUUUAUUAUUGGUGUCUGGCGGUGAAUCGAAGGCGCAACUGGAAAUAACCGUUAACUUGAUGCGUGGAUCAUUCGGACUGACUGUCGCUUGUCUGUCUUCUAACUGAGGGGUGAUGUCUGAGGAAAUGACCGGGGAAGAGUCGAGCUCCCCAGGCUCUCCACUAGACAGUCUCAGCAACAGUGAGGGGGAACUGGAUAGGCAACCGAAGAGAUGUGGGAGGAAAAGGACAUCAAGCAGGAAAAACGGGGAGGAUUCAGAUAGCCCUACCCCUGGGAAAAGAGGGAAAAAGUCAAGCAGCAGCAGUCCACAUUCUUUCGAAGACCUACAGACGCAACGAGUCAUGGCGAACGUGCGCGAGCGGCAGAGGACGCAGUCACUCAACGAAGCUUUCUCGUCUUUACGGAAAAUUAUCCCCACUUUGCCUUCAGACAAACUGAGCAAAAUACAAACCUUAAAACUUGCUGCCAGGUACAUCGAUUUCCUGUACCAAGUUCUGCAGAGCGAUGAAUUGGACUCCAAAAUGGUGACAGCUGAUUCUGCUUAUCAAUAUGACAACGGGGCAAUUCUGGAGAAUAAUGCUGGAAACACACAAAGCUGCGGUUUAUGGGAGCAAACUUUGACAACCAUUUAAAACCAAAAAGAACAGGGCGUGGGGAGAGCACUUUGCCUGGGAAAGGCCCGCGUUUGGACGACCUGGAUCUGCAUUCGAGUGCUCGGCUACUACACUACUACAUUCUGAAAUACGUUAGUUUUUUUUAUUGUUGACGACGAAUGUUACUUGGAAAUGUAUGUUUUCAUGCAUGUCUUUGACUCUGUGGACCGUAUUCUGUGGAGGUUAAAGGGCAGCAUCGACGCAUUUGUCUCAGUUUCCGUGUGAGACUUUCGAUGUGGACUGACUGCGGCAUUAUAGGCUAAUGGGUUGAAAUAAUGUGUCGCCAACCUGUGCGAAAAUAAUUGAGGUUAUUAUUUUCAGAAUACAUUUAUUUAUUUAUUGAUGACACGUGUUACACGAGGAAUAGAUCUUAUGUCUGAAAAGCAUUCCUAUUUUUAUUAUUGUUGUGUAAAUAAUUGUAUAUUUUCCGCAAUAAAGAAAACGAUAAAACAAAA